GACGACGUCGUCGAAACAUGGACGUUAUCAAUAAUAGCGCGAGCGACUGAGUGACAAUUUUUCCACCAUUUCCCCCCCGGUUUCAAAAUGCUAGUCUAAAAUCAAAAAACAACCCCCUCGUGAAAGAGGAAGAAAAAAAGGGCAAAGGGACAAGUGGUUGGUGACUAUCGAUUUCCCUCGAAUCGUUUUUUCCUAAUCUAAUAAUAUUCUUACGCGCCGAGGAAUUGUAACGAGGCAACAGAAGUGCUGGGCUUUCGAUCCGAAUUGAUUUCUCGUGGUGAAUAUUGUGUCGUUGUGAACAAGUUCCGAAGCUUUUGGGACACUCACUGAGUGAGCGGAACCUAUGAAGAUGGGUUCGAUUGUCUUGAAAUCCUUAUCAGUCCUGCUGGGCAUUUUUUUUGUUUUUGUGGGGACCAUGAAACUAACCUCGCACAUCAGUAAAGACCUUCAUAAAGACCUGAGAAAAGAGUACGUCAAAUAUGCCAAGGUUUUUCCUCUUGCGAGCACCCUGGACUUCAAGGUUCCGAGCAAGUGGUACAGGAGGGUCGUGGGAUCUUUGGAAAUUAUUUGCGGAAUCGCCAUGGCAGUUGUGCCCAGUCAUAAGGUGAAAAACGCAUCAAAUGGGGUUCUACUAUUCCUCAUGUUGAUGGCUGUCUACUCUCACUACAUGGUGAACGACAAAUUUGAAAGAAUCGCUCCAGCGCUGGUAUUCUUCUUCAUGCUAAGCGGUCGACUCGUGAUCGACUGGCAGCUAAGACGAGAAGAAUCUCAGCCUUUAACGGCCAAUGGAAUAGACGACAAAACGAAGAAACAAGACUGAAUUACUAAACGGAAGCUUAAGUGAAUUUCUAUCGUAUCUUAUAUUCCAUUACACAUAGUCACUAUCGUUAAAAAUCCCACUCAGUUCCCUCUGUUCUCACAUCACACUACAGCAACGAAAACAAUUUUGUUCAACAUACAAAUUCUCCCAACUUAAUCAACCCUCACUAAAAUCAUUCGCCUAGCUGCAUUCUGGGAACUGCCGCCAGGUGGAACCUGGUAGAACUCUCUCGACUGAUCCGAGGAUGCGAGGCUUUUAUACGAAAAAAAAAACAAGAAUCAGCUUCGAAAGAA